UGCCUUUAAAUCUAUUUUCUUUAAUAGUAAUAGCAUAAAUCCUUCUUCAUAAUCCUCACCUGCAUUUCUCUUAUAUUCCACUUGCUAUCUGUUCAUGUUGAAAAGAUGAGAGAAGGCCUUUAGGCACUAUGCAUUAUUACCAGGAAUCCAGCAUGAGUUUGACAGUCCUCUGGUUGGUUUUAAGCUUGUAUUUCUCUUCAUCUGUCCAUAGCUUAGACAACUUUUCCAAUGGUUCCCUGGAUAUGUUUCUUCAGGAUUUUGCUUUCAGAGCACUGGUUCGACACAGGCCUCACACUGGGGCUCUAUACAAAGCUAGUCUUCCUGCUAAUCUCUCAGGUAUGGAAGUUUCUAUUGCUCGCAUCAGAAGCCGGACAUUGUGGAAAAAAGGCGCUACUCUAAGCAGCUUUCACAUCCCAUCCAGGACCGUCCCAGUUCCUCAUGUGAGAAGACUGGCAAUAGUUUAUCAGAACCUCGGCAACUGGUCUUCUCACUACUACAAUGUUUCAGGUUACUCAUUGAUCACUUCUGUUGUUGGUUUCAUGGUUUUUGAUGCAUCAAAUACUAGAGCAAAAAGCCUAAGAAAUAUCAGCCUUGAUACAAUGGGGAAGCCUAUAUCAAUUCAUUUCUCCAACCUGAAAUUCCCUGAUGGGAUGGAAUCAACUGCAGCAAGAUGUGUAGCUUUCAGCACUAAUGGGACAAUUCAGUUCAGUGACAUGAUGUUGCCCAAUGUAUGUUAUACCUCAGAUGAGGGCCAUUUCUCAGUUGUUGUUCGACUGAAAAGGAAGCACAGGCCAUGGUAUCCAUGGCUAAUAGGGGUUGUGCUUGGGUCUUCUGGUUUGAUUUUCACUGCUUACUUCGUGUUGGUAUUUAUCAGACUUUUGAAGACAAAAAGGAUUCAAGCAAUGGAAAGACAAGCUGAUGAAGGUGUAAUUUUUGAUAGCAGAUGGGUCGGUAGCAGUAAAAUGCCUUCUGCAACAGUAACUAGAACUCAACCAGUCCUAGAGAAUGGAGGUUUUCCAUAGAACUCUUAUAUUUUACUUUAUUUUGUGUAUAUCUUCUUUGUAUUUUGGCCUCUGGGAAGUAUGUGGUGCAGCAUAACUAAAUUGUUUUAUUACAUAAAACUAAAUCAGAAUACACACUUGAUUUUCUCUUUUCCAA